AUGAGGGAUUUAUCUCCUAUAUCAAGCUACGAAGAGAUAGAAUGGCCGAAGGAAUAUCUGCCGCUGGAUCCGGUCCCAAGUUCAUACCAAAUCGGACAUUGCUGGAAAGUUGACUGUAUAAGAGAUGAGCUGAUAGACUCCCUUGUGUUAGAACUGAAUAAAAGGAGAAAAAUUUUAUCGCACCUGGAGAGACGCAUGUAUAACAUUCAGGAUGGAAUAAAGUUCACAGAAUCCGAUGAAGAUGAAGAAGAUGAAUAG